ACACUUGCAAUUAAAAAAAUCAACAAUCUUCCUAUUUAUAAUUUAAUAUACCAUAAACCUAAGCUAAAAUUACAUAUUUUCGCCGGGAUAUUUUACUCGCAAUAAGUGCUCGUUUAGUUGCUUUCAAUAAUUAAAAAUUGCCAUCAAAAUGAAGUUGCAAUAUUUUCGUAAUUUCGGUCUAAUUAUUUUUCUAUGUUUAAUAUUAAUGGUAGCUGCUGAUAAGAGUGAUAAAUACUCGAAGAAAGCAAACAUGAAAGAGUCUGAGAAAUACGAUUCUGAUUUCAGAAACCUUCAAAAACCAUUUCGUAUUGCAAAAUUGAACAUGCUUUGGUCGAAAGCAGUUCAUCGUCUUACUGAACCAAAACUUAAAUCUUUGUUCACUGAACUUAAAAUUCACGACAAAGAAGAAUUAGCAUUUAAGCAUCAAAAGUCUGAAAAACCAAAAGAUUUCAACGAUGGACUGAAAGAAGCUGAAUUAAGGAAGAAACUGAUUGGGAUUAUGUCCACAUACGAUUUGCUAGAAGUUAUGGAUGUAGAAGAUGUCAACAAUCCUGAACUGUACAAAAAACAUAAGCCAUAUGAAGGAAAAGUAAAGACAGAUAAUUACAAGAAUAAAAGUCUUUUUAAAGAUAAGAAGUUGAAUAAAUUGUGGGAGCGCGCAGAAAUUGGAGGAUUCACACCUGAUGAACUUCAAACAUUAAAGGAAGAAUUCUUACAUCACGAGGAAAAAGUUCAAAUGUAUUAUUCAAUGCUAGAAAAAUUGACUGAUGUGAAAGACAAUAGAGGAGUUGAGCAACAUCAAAAUGCUAUAAAUGAAGAUGAGCUCGACACAUUCAAUGAGGUUGUUGCUCCAGAAAAAACUGAUAAUGAUAUUUACCAGAAUCAAAAAAAUGAGGAUAAACAUCAGGAAUAUAUUUCAAAAGCUAAUCAAGUGCGUGAAAAGCAUCGUGAAAUUCGUGACAAUGCUGACCGUUUGGAAAGGAUGACAGCCAGAGGAUCAAGUGAAAGUGAAUUCAUUGAACCUAAAGUGCAAGGAUUAUGGCGUGUUGCGCAAGCUGGCAACUUUUCAGCUGAUGAAUUAGCUUCGAUAAAAAUAGAAUUGCAUCAUUUUGAAUCGCGUUUUUUGAAACUUCGUACAAUGCACGCUGAACAUGCUUUAACUAUGGAAAAGUUCAAAUCUGUCAAACCUGGAGAUAAGCAUCACGAUCGUCUUGAAGAACUGGAAGGAAAAAUUAAAAAGCAGUCAAGAAAAGUUGAAAAGAUUCAAGAAAAUUUGGAAAAGAAACUUUCUCUUCAUACUGAAUUGUAAUUUGAAUUCUUCAUUUCUUUUCAUUGUGAUUUUUCAUAUGCCAAAAAUCAAAUCUUCCUUCAAAGAAUCUCUUGUGCAAUUCUAUUUGCGUCCUUAAUCACAUUAACAAUGUUAGUUUUUCAAAACAAAAUAUAAAAUUAUAAAGAAUCUGAGAUUGGAAGCUAUUUUUGUAGUGGUAAUAAAAAUAAAAGUUUUCUCAAACAUUUUCUUCUUUUAGGAUGAUUUUUGAAGAUUCUUUUCAUGUUUUUACAUAUUU